CUAUAUCAGUGUCUGCGAGGGAGAGAGGAGAGAGAAUCUCUUAUCACGGGAAGACAGGAAUAUUUACAUCAGAUCAUUGUCUCUUUUUAUAUGUCUCUCUCUCUCUCUCUCUCUCUCUUUCCAUUUUGAAACGGAGUAGCCUAUUUAUCUGUCUCUUCGCUACCGAUCAUCGAAGAAACAGCACAGAGGAUUAAAAACAGAAGAGAAGAGUAAAACAAAAGGAGAGACUAAUGGAAGAAUAAAAAGCAAAGGAGAAGAGAGAAGGAAGACCUCUCAUCUCAUUCAUCUAUUCUAGCAGGAAGAAGGAAUUUAGGCUACCUCUCCUCUACACUUGAUCAUCUCUCUCUCUUUCUCCUUUUCUUUCGCCUAUCUCUUUCUCUCUCUAUGGUCAUGGCUGUGCAGGGGACCAGCCUGCUAGAGAACCCAGUUCAGGCAGUUCUGUACCUUAGAGAACUGACCACUAUUGUUCAGAACCAGCAGAGCCUCAUCCAAACACAACGUCUGCGCAUUGACGAACUGGACCGACGCGUGGGUGAGCUGCUUGGGGAGAACAGGAAUCUGCGUGAAGUAAGAGGUGUACAACCUGACCCUCAUCACCCAGAACACAACCCGAGCCUUCAUUGUCAUCAUCCUCAGCAUCAACAUCCGUACCCACAAGACACCGGUUCUCUGCCCGCCCAGCCCAUGCCUGAGGUUCAUCCUGCUGAGCCAGAAAAGUCCUCUCCUCAGCCCGCCAAUCCAGAGGACAUGCAGCUGGUACCGGCCCAUUCCCAGCCACAGUCACUGAGCCCUUUGCAAGGCGAGGCCAUCCUGGGUGAGGGGGAGGACAGCAGGACCAGCAUGGGCUGCCACACACUGGUUCCCCUGGUUCCCCUAGCUCCCCUCACUCCUACCACUUUCUGUCGCUCGCUGGCUCUCACCAGGCAAUCAGAGAGUCAGACAAUACUACAUCAGUUCUGUUGUCCUGCUCCAGAGGCUCCAGAGGCUGCUCUCACUGGCUCCUCCAGUGAUGGGCAGCUGCUGGGUCUGGAGGGCGGGACUUCCGCCAGCAGAAAGGAAGGAGAGGGGUCAGUAGGUGUGGCUCGUAGAGAAGGACCCAGCGACUAUGAACUUGCCCUGGAGAACAAGACCAAACAGAUAGAGGAGUUGGAGCUGAGGUACGGUGGUCACCUGGUGUCGCGGCGCGCUGCGUGUCGUAUUCAGACAGCGUUCCGUCAGUACCAGCUCAGCAAGAAUUUCCAGAAGAUUCGGAACUCUUUGUCAGAGAGCAAGUUGCCACGCCGCAUUUCCCUGCGCCGGCCCAACCCCAGCCGGGGUCAGAACCCCACCCAGCGACACAGCUUCCUGUUAGAGAGUGGGGGCCCACCAUUGCGCCCCAAAACACCCCCACCACCCCCCUCACGCUCCACCUCCCUGCCGCCCUCAGCCUCCCCUGCCAUGGGCCCUGGCCCCUCGCUCACACAGCUGGAGGACUGCUUCUCAGAGCAGGUACGCUCGCUGGCCCAUUCGAUAGACGAGGCCCUGCGUGGGUGGAGCUUGUCGGAGGGGGUUGAGGGGGGGACAGGGGGGCUGCUGAUGGACCCCGAGGCAUUUCGGGCGGCUGGUCAGAGUGCCUGCAUGCCUCGCAGUGCCAGCUCCCUGCUCAUGGCCUUCAGAGAUGUCACCGUUCACAUCGACACCAACAACUACACUGUCUCCACAACUACCACCUCCACUACCACCACUACCCACGGCAACACAGGGACAGGGGCGGGAGGAAGCAGGCAAGCCUCAAUGGAAGGGGGAGGGGGAGAUGGGGGUGGAGGGGUAGGGAGAGAAACAACAACCUCCCAGCUGGGGGGUGAGAAAGAGUUCCCUGCCCCCCCUCCCAGUGAGGAAUUGUUGAAGGGAGGAGGGUUGAGGAUGGAGUCAACUAUGACAGGGCAGGGGAGAAAGUUGGGGAGGCAGAGUGGCUCAGAGAUACUCAGUUCCACCUCUACCUCCACCUCGGCCCAGUCUAACCAGUAUACCACUCAGUCCUCCUAUCCCCAGUACCACCAGUAUUCCACAUACCCCCAGGCCCAUCACCCCCAAUCCCAGCCAGGGUCCCAGUCAGUCAGGGACCACACCACUGAGGCCCUCCAGGCCCUGGUCCUCUCUUUGCCCAGAGACCGAUGCCAGGACCCUGCCUCCUGCCGAUCCCCCACACUCUCCACUGACACACACCGCAAACGACUCUACCGCAUCGGACUCAACCUCUUCAACGUGAACCCAGAGAGAGGCAUCCACUUCCUGAUCACGCGUGGUUUCGUCCCAGACACGCCCAUGGGCGUGGCCCACUUCCUGUUACAGAGGAAGGGCCUAAGCCGACAGAUGAUUGGAGAGUUCCUGGGGAACAGCAAGCUGCUCUUCAACAGAGACGUCCUGGACUGUGUGGUCGAUGAGAUGGACUUCUCUGGGAUGGAGCUGGACGAGGCUCUGAGGAAGUUCCAGGCUCACAUCAGAGUCCAGGGAGAGGCCCAGAAGGUGGAGAGACUCAUUGAAGCAUUCAGUCAGAGGUACUGCAUGUGUAAUCCUGAGGUGGUGCAGCAGUUCCAUAACCCAGACACCAUCUUCAUCCUGGCCUUUGCUGUGGUCCUCCUCAACACUGACAUGUACUCCCCUAACAUCAAACCUCAACGCAAGAUGGGCCUCAACGAUUUCAUACGCAACCUACGAGGAGUGGACGACGGAGCAGACAUCCCCAGGGAGAUGGUGACAGGGAUCUAUGAGAGGACCCAGCAGAGAGAGCUACGCUCCAACGAAGACCACGUCACCUACGUCAGCCGUGUGGAACAGUCCAUACUGGGCAUGAAGACGAUUCUGUCUGUGCCCCACCGUAGGCUGGUGUGCUGCUGUCGUCUGUUUGAGGUGGCAGACUUCAACAAACCCCUGAAACAGAAACUGGCCAACACCCAGAGAGAGGUGUUCCUGUUCAACGACCUCAUACUUAUCCUGAAGCUGUGUCCCAAGAAGAAGACUUCUGCCUCCUACACCUUCUGUAAAGCCAUGGGUCUACUGGGCAUGCAAUUCCACCUCUUCAGUAACGAAUACUAUGCUCAUGGCAUCACCAUGUUGAGUCCGUUCUCGUCAGAGAAGAAGCAGAUGGUGAGUUUCUGCUCCCCCAGUGGAGAGGAGCUCAGGAAGUUCACAGAGGAGCUACGAGAGUCCAUCACUGAGGUCAACGAGAUGGAGCAGAUACACAUUCAAUGGGAGCUGAAGAGAGAACAGGGGGUGCAGACUCACACCCCCCACACCAACGGAGGACAGAUGGGCACACUCAGUCAACACACGGGAUCCCCCACAGCCCAGAAAGAUCUGUAUGACAAGACUAGCAACAACACUGUGGAGGUGUCAAUUCACAAUAGGCUGCUGCAGACCUACCACAUCACCCAGGCCAGCCCUGAUAGGCUGCUUCAGACCUACCAUGUGACCAGUCCUGACUCCACCCAACUGGCUCUGGCAGCACCCCUGGCAAUGCUUAGCCCCACCCACCCUGGAGAACUCCGCCCAGACACCCUCAUUCAAUGCCAGCAGAUUGUCAAGGUGAUUGUUGUGGACCAGAGCGGCCAGGGGCGAAUGGAAGCCUUCCUCAGUCAAGGAAGCCCCACCUCCCACCACCGCCUCAUCCAAUCAGCGAUGUCCACACCAGUACGGAUCAGAGAGGGAUCUGAGCCCCCUCUGCCUCCCCCUCCUCCCCCCUACAACCACCCCCACCAGUACUGUCCCCCCGACUCCCCCUACCCCCUUCCACACACCCUUCCUCACCCCCUGCGCAGACGCAACUCUAGUGGUUCCCGCAGCCUCGUCUGACAUAUGUCCCCUGAUCCUACCACACCUAAUCCUCUGUCCUCUGAACUUUUGUUAAACAGUGAUAUACUGGGAGAAACACACACAACACAAACACUCAUAGACAAAGAUAGAGAGGGAAAGGGUGAGACGAGGAAGGGAGGAAGAGAAAGAGGGAGGUAAGGAAGUCAGCUGAGAGAGAGGGAAUAAGCCGAGAAAUACAGUGGGAGAAAAUGGAGAGGUUUCAAAUCGAUAUAAAUUCAAAGUCAUCUAACGAUGUAAUGUGUAUUUUUGAUUAUGAUGUAGUUUUGACAACAUUUCUAAAGAUAGAUUUUCUAAUCUGACAGCUCUUGUGUCAUCUGUACAUAUCUAUAUCUGUACCUGGCUUUAGAAAGAACACUCUAGGAUGCCCCUCUCACCCCCUAAUCAUAACCCUGCCCUGAUAUCACACAGCUGAUGCAACAAAAGGAAUUCCUCGCAGUGAAUGGAACUGUCUGGACAUAGAGACAUACAGUUGAAGUCGAAAGUUAACAUACAUCUUAGCCAAAAACAUUUAAACUCUUUUUCACAAUUCCUGACAUUAAUCCUAGUACAAAUUCCCUGUCUUAGGUCAGUUAGAAUCACCACUUUAUUUUAAGAAUGUGAAAUGUCUGAAUAAUAGUAGAGAGAAUGAUUUAUUUCAGCUUUUACUUUGUUCAUCACAUUCCCAGUGGGUCAGAAGUUUACAUACACUCAAUUAGUAUUUGGUAGCAUUGCCUUUAAAUUUUUAAACUUGGGUCAAACGUUUUGGGUAGCCUUCCACAAGCUUCCCACAAUAAAUUGGGUGAAUUUUGGCCUAUUCCUCCUGACAGAGCUGGUGUAACUGAGUCAGGUUUGUAGGCCUCCUUGCUCGCACAUGCUUUUUCAGUUCUGCCCUCAAUAGGAUUGAGGUCAGGGCUUUGUGAUGGCCACUCCAAUACCUUGACUUUGUUGUCCUUAAGCCAUUUUGCCACAACUUUGGAAGUAUGCUUGGGGUCAUUGUCCAUUUGGAAGACCCAUUUGCGACCAAGCUUUAACUUCCUGACUGAUGUCUUGAGAUGUUGCUUCAAUAUAUCCACAUACUUUUCCAUCCUCAUGAUGCCAUCUAUUUUGUGAAGUGCACCAGUCCCUGCUGCAGCAAAGCACCCCCACAACAUGAUGCUGCCACCCACGGUUGGGAUGGUGUUCUUCUGCUUGCAAGCUUCCACCUUUUUCCUCCAAACAUAACGAUGGUCAUUAUGGCCAAACAGUUCUAUUUUGUUUCAUCAGACCAGAGGACAUUUCUCCAAAAAGUAUGAUCUUUGUCCUCAUGUGCAGUUUUUUAUGGCAGUUUUGGAGCAGUGGCUUCUUCCUUGCUGAGCGGCCAUUCAGGUUCUGUCGAUAUAGGACUCGUUUUACUGUGAAUAUAGAUACUUUUGUACUUGUUUCCUCCAGCAUCUUCACAAGGUCCUUUGCUGUUGUUCUGGAAUUGAUUUGCACUUUUCGCACCAAAGUACUGGGAGACAGAAUGAAUCUCCUUCCUGAGCGGUAUGACGGCUGCGUGGUCCCAUGGUGUUUAUAUUUGCAUAUUAUUGUUUGUACAGAUGAACGUGGUACCUUCCGGCAUUUGGAAAUUGCUCCCAAGGAUGAACCAGACUUGUGGAGGUUUACAAUUGUUUUUCUGAGGUCUUGGCUGAUUUCUUUUGAUUUUCCCAUGAUGUCAAGAAAAGAGGCACUGAGUUUGAAGGUAGGCCUUGAAAUACAUCCACAGGUACACCUCCAACUGACUCAAAUUAUGUCAGUUAGCCUAUCAGAAGCUUCUGAAGCCAUGACAUAAUUUUCUUGAAUUUUCCAAGCUGCUUAAAGGCAGUCAACUUGGUGUAUGUAACUUCUGACCCAGUGGAAUUGUGAUACAGUGAAUUAUAAGUGAAAUAAUCUGUCUAUAAACAAUUGUUGGAACAAUUACUUGUGUCAUGCACAAAGUAGAUGUCCUAACCGACUUGCCAAAACUAUAGUUUGUUAACAAGAGAUUUGUGGAGUGGUUGAAAAACGAGUUUUAAUGACUCCAACCUAAGUGUAUGUAAACUUCUGACGUCAACUGUAUCACCUCCAUCACAUCAUCAACUCUCACCUAGGGUUUUAGCUUUCCUCCAUCACAUCAUCAACUCUCACCUAGGGUUUUAGCUUUCCUCCUUGGCACUCUGUGUUUUGUGUUAUAAGAUGAUAAUGAGAUGCUAAAACGACUUUUGAUCCUGAAGAAGUGAGUAUGUCAGAGCAGCAGGGAGGGAAGACUGUUUCUCCUGAAUCCUGGUUUACAGUGUCUGACUUCUAUAUCUGUGUAGGAGUGUGUGUGCAUGUGAAGGUAUCGGGGUGUGAUUGUGUGUGACAGUGUGUGUGUGUGUGUGUGUGUGUGUGUGUGCGCGCGCUUGUAUGUGGGCAUGUGUGAAUACCAUUGUUAUCAUCUCUGAGGUUUUGUUACAUGGGUCCAAGCUUCACACUCAGGUAAACACCAGUACUGAUGACAAUCUUAUUUGAUCUGCUACUUGUCAACUUUUAAUCUUAUUAAUGACGUUCAUAUGAUUAGUUCAUAAAAACAUUAACGUUGAAUCUUAUUAAUUGAUCAUGUUCUAACAUUCUAGCUUAUUAGUCCUGUUGAAUAUUUAGUCUCACGUUGUGAAUCUGUACCCAUUCUUUAUCCAUUCUCACAUGAUUAACCUGUUCUACUCUUCACUGGACUGCUUGUCCCACAGGGAUGUAUAUACACAACAAGUACACACACACGCACACACACACACACACACACACACACACACACACACACACACAGAGAGAGAGAGAGCGUAUUAAACCAGAGAAUGACUUACGAUGUAAGAUAUUUGUCAGAGUAUUACGUAUGUAGGCUGUGACACGCGGUGACCCACUGAGGCUGUCCUCUAAGUAUCGCACCAUAUUUUUGGAGUACAGAAGAAUAAUGUAUAUGUGUAUAUAGGUGAUUUAUAGAUUUAACAUAGAAAUAACGGACACAGUGCUGAUGUGUGUAUUAAUACAGAGGGGAGGAAAUUGUAUUUAAAUUGGACAAGAAAAAAAAUCGAUUUGUUUUUCCAACUAUGGGCGCAACAGAACCCACUGUUACCACGGGAGACAGAACAGGCACCAUGGAAACAUACACAGAGAUGACAUCACUAAAUUAUCAUAGUUAGAGUUAUAGUGGUUGUGAUCGCGCUAACGUAAGCAUUAGAUGGUUUAGUGGAAAAUAAGCAGGAAUCAUAGUAGACAUUUUAGCAUGUUCUAAAGCCCUUAUAUAUUAUCGCCCUAACCCUAGCUCUGAGUCUGGCUCACCUGUCCUUCUUGGAGAUGUGUUACACUAUUGAGCACCUGUGCACCGACACACUUAUAAAGUAUUUACUAAGAGAAUAUCAUGUUUAUAACAAGUGUUUACUACUGGAAUAUUUCUAAAGAUUUGUUUGAAAUUAAUUAAAGAAUAAAGUAGUUUGUACUCUGCCUUGAGUCCUGUGUGUGUGUGUGUGUGUGUGUGUGUGUGUGUGUGUGUGUGUGUGUGUGUGUGUUAUACUGUACACACAGUUUCUCAGACUUUCUCAGGGUGUGAUUUCAUGUCCACUAAACAGCUCACAUUGCACAAGAUGACAGACAGACCAACAGAGAGAUCGAUAGAUAUGCAGACUGAUAAGACAGACAGGUGAGUAGGGGAGUUGAUUUUACUUGUCCAAAA